GCAAAAACGCUCGCUCAUCCUCACCGAUGGUGUGCAGAACAAGGGGGACAUUAAAAAAAACCUUCUGAAACUAAAACAUCCACAUCCUUUUCUAAAACAAACAAAAAACUCCAACAACAAAAAAAUUCAUCAUGAGCUACGACUCCUACAUCUCCUACCGCCGCCCUUGGGACAGCUACAGAGGCUCCCGAACCACCACCAAAUCCUCCAUGUCUUCCUCCCUCUACUCUUCUCCCCGAGCUCCUCCGACUGGGAAGAGGAUCCUGAGGCUGGGCUCCUCUCCCCUGCCAGAUGCAUCUGAGCGGAUGGACCUGGCUCAGGCCAGCUCCCUCAACACAGAGCUGCUGGGCCUGCGCUCCCAGGAGAGGGAGCAGCUUGUGGAUCUGAACGAUCGCUUUGCCACCUACAUCGAGAAGGUGAGGCACCUGGAGCUGCAGAACCGGGCCCUGCUGGCCGAGCUGGAGGCGCUGAGGAGGCGGCAGAACGACCCGUCCCGCCUGCAGACGCUCUACGAGGGGGAGGCGCGGAGUCUGCGGGCCAUGAUUGACUCGGAGAGCGGGGAGAAGAUGCGGAUGGAGGCGGAGAGGGACUACCUGCGCGAUGUGUACGAGCAGCUGAAGGAGCGCUACGAGGAGGAGGCGAGGCUGCGCAUGGAUGCUGAGGAGGCCCUGCAGAGGGCCCGGGAGGAGGCCGGCAGGGCCGCGGUCACCAACUGUGACGCCGAGGCCAGCGUGGUCUCUCUGUCCGAGGAGAUCGUGUUCCUGAAGAAAGUGUAUGCGGAGGAGCAGGCUGAGCUGCAGGCCCAGCUGCAGGUGGCCAACAUCAGCGUGGAUGUGGAAGUGUCCCGGCCUGACCUCUCCGCCGCCCUCCGAGACAUCCGGGCGCAGUACGAGCGGCUGGCAAACAAGAACAUGCAGGCCGCCGAGGACUGGUACAAGAACAAGUUUGCAAGCGUGGCAGAGAUGGCGAGCAAGAACAACGAGGCGGUGCACGCCAUCCGAGAGGAGACGAUGGAGUACCGGAGGCUGCUUCAGUCCCGCUCCUCGGAGAUCGAGGCCCUCCGGAACGUCAUCGACUCCCUCAAUAAACAACUGGAGGAUCUGGAGGAGACGCAGGGGAAGGAGGUGGCAAAAUACCAGAUGAGGAUAAAUGAAUUGGAGAGGGAUAUCUCUGAAGCCAAGCAGGAGAUGGCUCGCUACCUGAGAGAGUACCAAGACCUUCUCAACGUGAAGAUGGCCCUUGACAUUGAAAUAGCAGCGUAUAGGAAACUGCUGGAGGGGGAAGAGUUUCGGCUGGCCUACCCUCCUCUUCCAGUCCUAAACUAAGCUCUAAAGUCGAAAUGCCACAAGCCUGGCGUAAUCCUGAAUACUUCACCCCCCCUUCUUCCUCCCCUACCCUGACCUAAACAUCUCCUCCCCGUCUAACGCCUCAACUUUUUUACAUUCUCUCCCUCUCCCUCAUAUUCUCACCUUAUACUCCCCCAAAUCCUCUUUACUACUCCCGACCCAAACCAAAGCUCAUUCUUCCCAAGACAGAUGCGCCCUUGUUCUAUACAAGAGGUCCACCAGGAAGUCCCCCUUCUUCUACACACAUUCUGACACCAUACAUUAAGAAGAUGGCAAACUGUGAAAUGCAGAGUGGCUGCACUGCAUUAGUUACAUAGCUACGCCGGGCAGCAGUCUUCUUUUGGCUGAGUUCCUCCCUGUCGUCUAAUGCUUCGGUCCAAGCAGCGAGACCCCCCCCCCCCCCCCAUUUGACCCCGUCUGACCUCCACUGAGCAAACAUUUAACCAAUUGUUUGUGAGGGAGGACAAAAAUUCGUUUCGCCUCUUGAUGCUUGGACUUUGUCUGUGUUCAAAGUGACACCAGAAACCCGCAGCAUUAUUGAUUGGGAACUCGACCAAUCGAUUACGCAUUGUCCCGCUCCCCUGGUUCUGUAGUAGACGUCACGAGCCAGUAACCUUAAACAUUUCUUUUCAUUAUCUUAGAGAGCCAUUUGUCUUCUUUUUCGGUUAUUCUUCCUUGGCAUUUGCAUACACACGAACACCACAAGCUUUGGUUGGUUGAAAGUGGGAGUCGGUUUUGGUCUUUCUAUUUGGCCGGUUAUUUCUUUCGCAAAAUUUCUAAUAAAACUGUGCUUUUCCUUCCGGAUGUGGAAAUGCCAUGGAAGACUAAUUGUUACUGGUUUCUCCUUAUAAUCAUGCAGUGUAUCUAUCAGCCUAUCUGCAUUAGAGUUUUUCUGUUCGGCAAGUUCAUUCGACGCUCAAGCUAAGCGAUGAAACGACGAAACUGAAAGGGAACUGCGACUUGUAUGGAAACAGGAGCUCCAUGUUGUUUGUAUGCUGAUCUUAGACCUAAACGGUGUUUUACACCUGUGAAACUAAUACAAAGUCUGCACCUUUACGCUUGGUGUACCUGUAAGAGCCGGCAACAUGCUGAAUAAAUACAUAACUGACCUGCAAACCA